CACAGUGUUUCCUUAACAAAAUUGAAUCAAGAUGGCCGCACAGUUUUUUACGAAUGGCUAUUAUAAUUAGGUAUUGUUAAUCUAUGACGGUAUUUGUGUAAGGAGCUGAUAUUUGUUUGGUCGAUAUAAUUAUUUUUAACAAAAUUUAAGAUAAUAUGUUUCCGAUUUUAAAAAGUGGUUUAACCAAUGCAUUAUCUAGUGUUGGAAUUAGCUCGAAAUUACAUAAGGUAGUUUCAAAAACUAAUGUCAACAAAUCCCAAGUAGCUACUCUUGUAAGACUUUCUUAUCGAAAUGAAGAUGAGGAGCCAUUGAUCAAACCCUUUCCUUAUCAUGAAAAGAUAUAUUCCAGCCUAGAAGGCCGGAAGUCUUUUGCCUGGAAACCAUGGCAUCCUAACUGUAAACUAAUUGUGGUAGAUGGUCCGGUUGCUUGUGGGAAAAAGAAGUUUGCUCAAGAGCUGGCAAAAGAAUUGGAUUUCUUCUACAUACCAGAGCCAACUUUUGAUGAUCUGUAUAUAACUCAUUGGGGAUUUGAUGUUAGAACGUUAGAUUCCCAGCUACCGAAGGAUGCACAAACAUGGGAUAUCGAUAGAUUUUUGCAGGAUCCGCAUGACAUAAAUACAGCGGCCAUGCAAUUAUAUAUGUAUCAUUUGAGACUAAAAUCUUAUAUACAUGCAUAUCUUCAUCUUUGUCAUACUGGACAGGGUGUGAUUACUGUGAGAGGUCCUUGGUCAGAUAGAUGUUUUACCACGGCUAUGCAUGAUAGCAAAUAUAUUUCUGAUGGAGCAUAUGAAACAAUUAUGAAUACUUAUAAAAAUACAUGGCAUUUGAUGUUUAGACCUCAUUUAACGAUUUACAUGGAUGUACCAGUUGAUGUUACGCUAGAAAAUAUUCAAAAAUAUGGCGAACCAUUAGAGAAAACUUCAAAAGUUUUCACAAAAGAGUACCUCACUUCUUUUGAAACAGAUAUAAAAUGCUCGGUGUUAGAUUAUUUGGAACCUCAUGGUUUGAUAUACUAUCAUAAAAAUAUUGAUGAACCAAUCAGCGAUACAUUGGAUGAGAUUGAAAAAUUAAAUUUCGAUAACUAUUUAACGAGAGAUUUUAUAUUAUCUUUCUGGAGAAUGAGCAGAGAUGAUCAAAUUGGGAGUGUGCAUAUGUAUUCUAACGAACUGGAUGCUAUAUUAUCGUCCACAGAUAUAUAUUCAGAUGUGCCAGAGUUACAUAUGUCAGCUGAAUCUUCAAAAAUUUGGGAGAAAGUAUGGGGGGAAGAAUAA